UACGUGCUGGUUUGGGACCGUAUUCUCGAGCCUGCCCUAAUGAUUUUCGUAUGCGACUUUCUAUUUGAAAAGCAUUGAAUUUCGCAUGCGAGUUUCAUGAAAACGAUUCAAGAAUAGGGCCCCUGGUGCUAGCAUAUGACUCGCGCACUCUAUUCUUAUAUCUCUAUGGCACAGACAGACAGGUGUCAGGUGGACACGACGGGAUAUGCAACAUUCGAGAAUAAAGGAUGGUAUUACGAUUUUGUCCGUACUGCGCUAAUCUUCUCAGAUUCCAGGAGAACCGAUUGUGCAAUCGAUUCGCGUGCCCCACGUGCCCGUACAUUUACCAGAUAGCGGAAAAACACAGAGUAACCUCGUGCACCUACUUCACGGGCAAGGAACUCGCCGACAUCCUCGACGCCGAAUCCGCGUGGAUGGGUGUGGAGUCAACGGGCGAACGUUGCCCCAAGUGCUCACAUCCGCGCGCCUACUUCAGGCAGCUGCAGACCCGGUCCGCCGACGAGCCUAUGACAUUCUUCUACAGAUGCUGCAAUCACACGUGUGCUUUCACGUGGCGGGUCGACUAAACUCACAGGUGUGGAGUUCUGUAAGUGUUCGAUAUAUCAUGAGUCCUAGGUCAAUGGGCCCCAUGAAAGUCAUUAUGAAUAAAGCCAAGGAAGAAA